AUGGGAGGCAAUGACUUGAACGGAGGAAUUCCUGACGCACUGGGAAAAUUAAAGAAGUUGCAAAAGCUGAAAAUUAAUAGCAGUAAUCUAACCGGGUCAAUUCCUGUCACCCUUUGUGAGUUGGGACGUCUUUUUGAACUGAAUUUGGAGAACAAUCAGCUCUCUCAUCCACUACUGGGGUGCUUGGGAAACAUUAGUUCAUUACGAAAAAUUUAUUUAGGUCACAACGAAUUGACUUCAGUUGAACUAUCAGCAUUAUGGACAAACAAGGAUCUUCAAAUUGUUGACUUGUCUUAUAAUAAUCUUAAUGGUUCUCUGGGUUCAGAAAUCGGCAGCUGCAAAGCUAAUACAACUAGAUCAUCGAGCAAGACUAGAGUUUUGAAAUAUGUUUUACCAUCAGUUGCAUUGGUAAUAAUCCUUACCAUUAUUAUGAUUUGGUUAACGACACGUUGCAAUAGAAAAACAGUUCUUGCAUCUCAGUCUAGUUCACUCAUCACCGUUAAGAGGAUUUCAUAUUAUGAUAUUCAUAAAUCUACCAACAACUUUGAUGAUGAGAAUUUGAUUGGUAGAGGCAGUAUUGGUUCAGUAUACAAAAGAACAUUUUUCGAUGGAAUGAUUGCUGCUAUUAAGAAAUCUUGUCAAUCAGUUGCAUUGGUAAUAAUCCUUGCCAUUAUUAUGAUUUGGUUAACGACACGUUGCAAUAGAAAAACAGCUCUUGCAUCUCAGUCUAGUUCACUCAUCACGGUUAAGAGGAUUUCAUAUUAUGAUAUUCAUAAAUCUACCAACAACUUUGAUGAUGAGAAUUUGAUUGGUAGAGGCAGUAUUGGUUCAGUAUACAAAGGAACAUUUUUCGAUGGAAUGAUUGCUGCUAUUAAGGUUUUUAAUUUGAACUUGGAAACUGCAAACAAGAGCUUUGAUACAGAGUGCAACAUGUUGUGCAACAUUCGUCAUAGAAAUCUUGUCACUGGACUUGGAAGGUGCAAACCACAGUUUUGA